AAUAAUAGUACCCGGAAGUAGUUUAGCCAAAGCAGGUAGCGUAAGCUAACGUUGCAUUUGGAUCGUUUGACAACAUUCAGUGUCUUCUCUGUCAGAGCACAAACAUGUAAAUUUAUUUCCGUUUUGUGAUUUGUGUCGGCUGCAGAUUGAUAUUUACUACAGCUAGUUGAAUGGUGACCGUAGGUCCUUUAGCGGAAAAAAGGAAAAGGCUCAUUUGCCUAUGGACAUAAUAACGAACGUUUUCGUUUAGCCGUCGUGUUGCUAGUUUGCCGUGAGUAUGGACAUGUAGCUUAAGUUGAGUUUACAGUUGUAACAUAUCAGUGGACUUUUUCUAUGCCUGACUGUGCCAUUUUAUUCUCCGAGAGGGAACUGGGCUCUCAUACCCCGCAGGCCUUGUUGUGUGUUAGUUUUCUCAUUUGAAACCGAGGCAGCCUCUUUGCAUUAGUUUGCUACCUAAGUCGAAGAAAACGUCCCUAUAAGAAUAACUUGCAUGCGAUAAGAGUGAGCGCAGACGGGGGGUUAUAAUGAGUUUCUUCGGUUUUGGACAAAGUGCUGAGAUCGAUGUUGUCCUCAACGACGCUGAAACGAGGAAGAAGGUUGAACACAAGACCGAAGAUGGGAAGAAAGACAAAUACUUUCUUUUCUACGACGGCGAGACAGUCAGUGGAAAGGUGAAUGUUACUCUGAAGAACCCAGGGAAGAGGCUGGAGCACCACGGCAUCAAGAUUGAAUUUGUAGGCCAAAUAGAGCUGUAUUACGACAGAGGAAACCAUCAUGAAUUUGUUUCCCUGGUUAAAGAUCUUGCGAGACCUGGUGAAAUUACUCAGUCGCAGACUUUCGACUUUGAGUUCACUCAUGUUGAGAAGCCCUACGAGUCCUACACAGGCCAGAAUGUCAAGCUAAGAUAUUUCCUGCGUGCCACGGUGAUAAGAAGACUAAAUGACAUCAGUAAAGAGAUGGACAUUGUGGUCCACACACUGAGCACCUACCCCGAACUCAACUCCUCCAUCAAGAUGGAGGUUGGAAUUGAGGAUUGCCUGCACAUCGAGUUUGAGUACAACAAAUCCAGAUACCAUCUGAAAGAUGUUAUUGUUGGAAAAAUCUACUUCCUGCUGGUGAGGAUUAAGAUAAAGCACAUGGAGAUCGACAUCAUCAAGCGGGAGACAACGGGCACCGGCCCGAGUGUAUACCACGAAAACGACACUAUUGCCAAGUAUGAGAUUAUGGACGGAGCACCGGUCAGGGGGGAGUCCAUCCCCAUUCGAUUAUUCCUGGCGGGAUACGAUCUGACUCCCACCAUGCGAGACAUCAACAAGAAGUUCUCUGUGCGCUACUACCUGAACCUGGUGCUGAUAGAUGAGGAGGAGAGACGCUACUUCAAACAGCAGACCAACGCUGGAGCCGUUCAGGAAGCGCUCCUCACAGCAGGAGGUCUGGAGACGUGCUCUCACCUCCUGAGCAGAGAGGGAAGCGGGUGCCCGCGCCGUGAAAUCACACUGUGGAGGAAAGGCGAUGUGGUGAGGAAGAGCAUGUCCCACCAGGCCGCCAUCGCCUCUCAGAGGUUUGAGGGCUCGGCGGCCUCAGAGAGCGCGCUGGAGCAGGCCGCAAAGGAGGAGAGCGGCUAAACCCCCCCCCAAGACUCGUCAGCAUCUGCUCCAGACUGGCGGAGGUACCUGUCAACUGUGCAACAUCUGGCAAGGCAGCUGUGUGAGCCGCGGCUGGUGGAAAGGAGGAAGAAGGGAGACCAACACACACACACACACACUUCACACACUUUUAGUGUGUGUGAACUAUUAAAGCGUUUGCAUGGAGCGGUCAGAGUAUCUUCAGGCUGCUGGUCUCGUCCUUCACACGCAUUUUGUGUUUCUGUACAAUAAUUAAACUAAUCACCUGUCACGACGUCUGCUGAGUGAGAUCAUAUGAAAUUCUUGCAUUUUUUUAAGGCUUUGUUUGUUACAUUCUAAUGCUUUUGGGAUUAAUUGAUUUCUGGUCUCUUUAUUAUAAUAAAUGUUUUGUCAUGACUCUUACAAACAGGCCAAUCUGACAUUCCACGUUUAAUGCGCGCAUUCCUAACAUCGAUAUAGGGUCAACUAACUUUGCACUGGUUUAUCUCGCUGAUCAUGCUUUUUUUGUGGUUUUUUAACUAAAUGUCGGAGAUAGAAACUGGAAUAUUGUUCCUAUUUGAGUAGGAUGCCUAAAGUAUUAUCCCACUUUUUUUUCUCCUUUUUUUAUUAUGUAAAUAAGACCAGUUAAAUCUGUAAUCCUGUUCCAGCUUGUAUACAAUGAUUAUUCAGUAUGCUGUGCUACAAAACGACUUCUCAACUCCAUGUGCUUUACCUCAGCAUUCCAAUGGUGUUAGGAAAGGGUGUCAGUGUUUUUACCGAGGUCUGAUCCUACAGAGUCUUCUAUAUACUCGUUAUUUGAGACUUGAAAGUUGUGCCUAUGUUGUGUAAUAAGCAUAUUAAAUCUUCCUGCCUCUAACAUGAUUUUAGUCUUCUAACCAGAGGAAAAUUACUUUAGAAUUAUCUAUCUUUUGCAAAAAUGCUAAUCAACAUCCCUGUUCCCAGAACUCCAAUAAAUUGAUGCCAAAUGGAAAACUCAGCCGCUGUUUUGUUGCAGAAACGAGUGAAUGUGUUGUGUGUCGCCAUGAGCCUGAAUUCAAAUGCUGGAAAACAGAAGUACAAAGUAGAGCCGCAUUCUUCACGUAUGCAAAGAGUUUAACAGUGCAACAUACAUCCAUUUAGAAUUUGUCUCAUUGAUCAACUCUUUUUCGAUACCA